CUGCUUCUCUUUGUUUUGCACCGACUGGGCGCCUUACCUCGUCUAUCACUUCAGGCCGCCUAUCUGGUCUACUUGGUUGGCUGUCGCGGGUUGGCUCGUCUGCGUCUCCGGACCAGUGUCAAGCAGGUCAACUGGUUCUCAGGCCACGAGGGUGCACCGGCAGACUCGGCCGCCAUCUUGAGGGCUGAGACGGUGGAGGAGGAGAACGGAGUCGUCGAGCUGGGUCGCAGGAUGAAGUCGUCCGUUCUGUCGCCGAGACUGGUGGACGCCAGUCAUACUCGAUCGGUCGGCCUUGCUCGGCAGACCGAGUACUCGGGCGCUAAGGUGGCAACACAGACUACCACUUUUCCCACCAACCCGACCAGGCCGGUGAGUAGAGCCCUGUCUGGCGACGGCAGCGACGAAGACGACGAGGAGGAGGGGGAGGUGGAUAAGCGUUCUAGGCGCCCUCGAGACAAGGCUAGGCUGACUUCGGAGAUGAAGGACCUGGCGGAGCCGAGUCAGCGGUCCUACAGGGUGCUUCGAGCCCAGCUGAUACACACCAGCCUUGUCCUGCUGCCCGAGAGACGAGCGGUCAGGGUGGAGUGGCUGGCGACUAGGCCGGGUCGGUUCAGCCUCCGUCUGAGGCUUCCAAACUGUGAGCACUCGUUCCGGUUUCGUAACGCUUUGACGACAGAUCUUACAAUACCACUUACUAUACCGUUAAACGAAGGUCUGAUUGUGCGUUAG